AUGAAAAAAUUCAGCUCCACUUUCCUAGCAAAUCUUCCUCGGCAAAUUUCCAAAGAGGCGACGUAUAAGGAGCUACGCUUGCAUCUCAGCAUCAUGGCGGGCUGCAUCACCGUCAUCCGCGCCACCCCCUACAUCCUCCACUACCUUAUCCGCGAGCCCGGCAUGACGGGCCUCAAGCUUGAGCUCUAG